AUGGACCCAUACAGGUAUCGCCGCUCGGUCUACCACUAUCGUCGCCCGUUUGGCAUCUUCCGCCGCUUCAUCUGGUUCGGCCUCGGUGCCACUGCGGCCUCGCUUUGGAUCAAGCACCACCACGACGACCGUGAAGGCGGAAGACGGUGUGGCCGACCCAGCCUCCCUCCUCCUCAGCAUCCGUCCGAGUACGGCCACCAGCCGCCUUACCGCUAUGACUGGCCACACCACCGCGCAGGCUUCCAGACGAUCCCUCCUCCCCCACCCGUCCCUGUAGACUUUACAACUGAAGUCUCGCCUGAAGUAGCCGCCGCUGCCGCUGCCGCUGCUGCUUCCCAGCCCGCCCCGGCCCAGCCCUCCCCGGCCCAGCCCAUGCCCCAGGCGCAGCCCUCGGAGCGCGAACGCGAGCGUGAACGCUGGAGCCAUGAGUGGGGCAAGUGGCGUGCCCGUGCCGAACGUCGCUGGAAGGAACGCGAGGAGGCCGCCCAGGCAGCCGCUGCUGCCGCCGAGGCCGCUCACAAGGCCUCGCUCCCGGUCCCACCCACCAUCCCAACCCCAACCCAGCCCGCGGUACCCAGCGUCGCCACCCCGCCAACGCCCCCUACCCCCUUUACUCCUCCCGCACCCGUGAGCCCCGCCGAGGCUCGCGUCGACGCCGAAGCCGAGAUGGCCCGUAUCCGCGCCUCGGCAGAGGCCAUCUGGGCCGAACGCUCCCGCGACGCCAAGGAGAUGAGCGCGCUCGCCGAGGAGAGGGCAAGGGUGUACGCUGCCGAGAAGCUCGAGCGUCUCAGUGCUGCCCUUGACCGCAUCCGCGAGAGCCUCAGUGACGACGGCCGCCAGCGGCCUCCUCCCCCAAGGACGACUCGAAGCGCAUGGUCUAGAUGGCAACACGUUGUUUGA